GCGCAAAUCAGGCCCGAGGAUUGUCUCAGGCUCUUGUGCGGAGAAAAAGAAGAGAAGGGGGAAAGGAAAGAAGAAACCGAGGGCAGUUUCCGCUGCCGCCUCGCCAUGGCGGGAGAAGAAGACCGGCCCAUGACGGAGUACGAAAAGGAGCGGCUGGCGCGGAUACGGGAGAACGAGGCCCGCCUCCAGGCCCUCGGCAUCCGCCGCAUAGCAGCUUCCCCCCUCCUCCAGCAGCCGUCGGCGGCGGUUGCGGCCGCUGCUAAGAGAAAACAGAAGGACCGAUCCGACGAUGCGGACGAGGAGUACCUUCCGUCUGACGACGGCGGCGGCGAAGAGGAGGAGGAGAGCUCAUCGGCCAGCGACCAAGAUGUCGAGGAGGAGGAGAUUAAGACUUCCUCUAGGUCUCGUCAAAAGGGAAAGAAAAAGAAGCUAUUGAACUCACGAAACUCUUCUACUAGUACAUUUCGAGAAGAGGAUGCUCCUGUCACAGAUUUUCUGGAUAAUGAUGCAGCCUUACAACAGGCCAUUGCACUCUCUCUGGCAGAAUCUUCAGAAAGUUCCGUGACAGUAAUGGGUGCAAAAACUUCAAGCACAGGAGCAAAAGGAAGAAAAGGCACUCCGUGCAAAAAUAACAACACAUCCAUUCAGGACUCUUCUAAAAACAGGAAGACAAAGAAGCAGGUCAGGAGCAGAAUACAACUAUCCGAAGAUGAUGUGGUUGCAUUCUUCUUCUCGUUUGAUGAUGCUGGAAAAGGAUAUAUCACACCCUGGGAUCUUGAAAGAAUGGCCAACGUAAAUGAUUUCAUCUGGACAGAUUCUGAGAUAUCUAACAUGAUCCAAUGCUUCGAUAGUGACAGAGAUGGAAAGAUAAACCUUGAGGAUUUCCGCACCAUUGUAUCCCGAUGCAACAUGUUGCAGGAGCCUGGGAAGUGAGGCCGUGACACGACCAUUUUGCAAAGAUUCUAGCUCUUCUGUCUUCACAUGCAGGGCCUUUCCAAAAAACCCAACUCUGCGUUACGUAAAGUUGCCAGAGUACGAUUAACAUGCAGGGCCUUUCCAAAGCAUGAUUCAAUUGAAGGCUGCAUGGUUGGAGCAGUGCAGAUAAGCCAGAUAGAAAAUGGCAUGAGUUGCUAAAGCCCCAUGACUUAACAGGGAUGCAUAUCAAGUCCUAGCUGACCAGGGCUAAUUUUGUUCCACGCUAUUUUAUGUAAACCCGACUGAUGGUUAUGUAGGUUGCUGUGUACUAACGGGAGCGCUGUUACUGUUAUCAUGGUAAUCACCAAUUCACCGUGCUCUCUCCCA